AUGAAUUCGCAAAACUUCAACUUCGACCUUCCUGAAGCUCGUCGUCAAGGCCCGCCGAAGCUGUCUCCUGCGCAGACUCCUGGCGACGACGACGAUCAGUCCUCUCAGCCGAUCCUGCGGCCAUACUAUGAUCUUAGGCACCGUCCGGGACAACCCUCGACCAACACCAAUCGUUCAUCAAUAUCGACACAGCCCGCUGGUCUCUUCUUCGCCCCCUCACCUCCUUCAUUAGGAACAAAGGUUUCGGCAUCAACAGCUGAGAUCUACGGUCCCGAGCGACUCUUUGGCUCAGCCUUGCCUGGAGCGUUUGCGGCCCCUACACCACCGACACAGACACAGCGCACAGUUCCUCCCGGCGCCGUUCGCUUCGACGAGGCGCAAUUAGCCAUGUUCGCCGCUCAGAGCGAUCCUCGCAUGGAGAGCAUUAAGGACGAGCUCACCAUUGCCGCUGGAAAGGUCACACCUGGUGUCGAUGACACGCCCUACAUCCAAUAUGCUUUGGAUGCCCUCACUCGCGAACGGGGCGGCCCCGCAGCCGUCCACUUCCCAUCCGGCUCAUCAAACGACUUUUACGAUGAGGACGAAGACUACCCGCAACCUGAAAGAAUGCCCGAAAAUAUGGGAUAUCCCGCCUUGCCGGUCCCGCAGCCCGCCUACGUCGAGGACCGACUCCCAGAGCCGGUUGAGACACGGGCGCCUCUGCUGGAGGAGAGCCCCGGUACCGUGGUCCACCAUGAUGUGCCGUCCACGCCCGAGGAAACACCAACAACACCCUCUAGCCCGCCCUCCGAGCCUGAUCAAUAUGUUCAGCGCGAAAAGCAGAGGCCCAGAUCUAUCCCAAUCGACCGAGCCCAUCCUGCUCUCGACUACAAGCCCGCCAUUCUCCGCCCAAUCUCCAUGAUCAUCCUGGUGCUGCUGUGCCUGCUCAUGAUCGCCGCCCUCAUCUUCUGCGCCGUUUACUCUGCGAAGGACUCCGGAUUCACCCCUUACCCCGGAAGCAUCUACAGCGGUCAAUAUUUCUUGUUCCGCAUCUUGCCCCAGAUCUUCUCGGCCAUCAUCCUCCUUUACGCGCAAGCCGUCGUCUCAGCUUCAAUGCGCAUGCUCCCAUUCACGGCCAUGGCCGAUGCGGAGCCCAGCGUCCGAUAUCUGGCGCUGUUCCGAAGACUGUACCCCAAGACCUUCCUACUGCCCUCAUUCACGGGCCCUUGGCAGUUUCAGCUGUUCAGCGUCUGCACCUGGCUUGCCAACUUUACCAUUCCUCUCAUGAGCACUGCUUUCACGUGCAUCUACAAGGAUCAAGAUUGGAUCUGGGCUGCAGUUCAGGGCGUUGUCUGGACCCUUGUUACUCUGUACAUCUUGCUAUUGGUGGCCACCAUCAUCUUGAUGAUGUUCUGGCUCAACAAGUGGACGGGACUUAUGUGGGAUGUCCGCUCGCUCGGCCAUCUCCUCCCCCUGUUGAGCCAAAGCAACACAACUCAGAGCUACGAGGGUGUUGAUGUCGUUCAGCGAAGCACCCUCUUCCAGGCCCAGCUUCGAGACCGACAUCUCGACAGACUUGGAUAUUGGCAGAUGGACGGCCAGGGUGGUGGCAUGUGGUACGGCAUCGGAUGCGUGGGUGAGGAUGCUCAGGCUGGAAGGGCAUCGUAUAGCGUCCUGCCCAAGAAGGCCAGCUACAACAUUUCACCUGCGUCGUCCCGCGAUGACCUGGAGGCCGAGGCCCGCUAUGCCCACUACCGGUACCUGCCUAUUGCCCUGCGCACUCCUGUUAUUCUGGGCUCGGUUGCCUUUAUGACACUUGUCAUUGUGGCCAUUCUCGUCGUCUCCUUUUUGCCCGAGACCAGACUGGACCAGGGAUACUUCCCUCAUCUCACUGCGCGACCUGGAAGCGGAGCCUUCUCUGCCGCCAACUUUGUCUACGCAUUUAUCCCCUCCCUCCUGGGCAUGUUUAUGUUUCUGCUCUUCCAGAGCCUGGACCAUGCGCUGCGUGUCCACCAGCCCUGGGCGGAUCUAUCCAAGCCCGCUGGCGCCAUCGCCUCGAGGUCUCUCCUCGCUGACUACCCCGUGUGCCUCCCUAUUCAGUGCACCUUGAAGGCCCUUCGAAACGGCCACUGGCGAGUCGCCGUUACCUCUCUGAUGUCCGUCCUCUUCAUCUUUAUCCCCAUCCUCGCUGGCGGCCUCUUCAUGGCCCUCACCAACUUCCGCGGACAGGUCAAGAUGUUCCCCAACAUGCCUGUCUUUGGCGUUCUACUCGCCUUCCUAUUCCUCUACCUCGGCACCCUGUCUCUCAUGCUGCCGGGCCGCCAGGCCCUCCGCAUACCACACCCUGUUGACUGCCUCGCCGAGCUCAUCGCCCUUUGCACCGCCGAUGAGACCGUCCAUGACUCAGCCUUCUUGGCCGUCCAGGACACGGCAGACCUCGAGGCCCGACUCGGCCUUGACCGCGCCGACUCUCGUGAGCAGUCACAUUGGUUCUUCGGCGUCGCCGCAGGCCGCGAUGAGCGACGGCUGAGCGUCCGACCCAUGAAAAAAUUCACGGAGAAGAGAUCGAGAUCCACGAGAUCUACGCGAUGA